GUGGAGAUUUAAGCCGAGAUCUUGCGUGGAUUUGAGAGAAAACGGCUUCUGCGCAACCGCACAAGCCUCGUAUGUUCGUCGGUACGGGUUCCAUGGCGGCUUGUACUACCGACCGAUGGUAUUUUACUCGCGAACAACUAACAAACAGUCCUUCUCGAAAAUGUCAGAUAGAGCCAGACAGGGAACUGUCCUACCGACAACAUGCCGCAAACCUUAUCCAGGACAUGGGACAACGUCUUCAAGUAAAUCAACUAUGUAUCAACACCGCCAUUGUAUAUAUGCACAGAUUUUAUGUGUUUCAUUCCUUCAGUAAGUUCCAACGCAAUAGUAUCGCCGCAGCUGCUCUUUUCCUCGCAGCCAAGGUCGAGGAACAGCCACACAAACUAGAAUACGUCAUCAAAGUCCAUCAUGCCUGUCUGCAUCGCGGAGGUCCUGUCCUGGACACGAAAAGCGACGCAUAUUUACAACAAGCCCAAGAAUUAGUCAUAAAUGAGAGUAUUCUUCUACAGACAUUAGGUUUCGAAGUAGCCGUCGACCAUCCCCAUACCCAUGUAGUUAAGUGCACCCAAAUGAUAAGAGGUCGGUUCAAGAAUGCUUUUGGCUCACCCAGCAAGGACCUGGCCCAGACCUCGUAUUUCAUGGCGACCAACAGUUUACAUCUGACCACAUUCUGCCUACAGUACAAGCCAACCUUGGUAGCAUGUGUGUGCAUCUACCUAGUGGCCAAAUGGUCACAGUGGGAGAUCAUGAAGUCCAGUGAUGGCAAAGACUGGUGGGAGUACGUUGACCCGACUGUUACUAAAGACUUGCUAGAUGAACUAACUAAAGAGUUUCUACGAAUCUUCGAGGCUUGCCCCAGCAGGCUGAAGCGAAGAAUUUCAAAUGAGAAAAUACCGGUUAUGCCACAUCAGUCCAAGAGGUCUCGAGUCAAGGAAGGUGCGUCAGAAUCCAGCACUGCCAAGACAACUGCUGCAUCAUCGGCUUCAACUUCAUCUCUGGACAGCGGCCUACCAGGGAGCAACAGCUUCGACGGCUUCUUGAACUCCCAAGAAUCUCAGGGGUCUACAGCCUCUGGUGACACCGAGACCGACAGACCGGGGUUGCACGAGAUCAAUAUGGGCUUACCUAUGGUUGAAUCCUCCCUGUUUAAUAACUUUGAUUCAGAAUACUCGGGCGGCACAGGUUAUAAUGUAAACACUAUUUCAGAUUCUAAACACGGUCUUCCUAGCUCUCAGUCUGACUCGGAGUAUGGGAAAAUGGGUGACCCACAGGGCCACCCUGUCAAGAAGUCCCUGAAGGAGUAUCGGGAACAGAAAGAGCGUGAACGUAUUAAGACAGCCAAACAGGUUGGGCCAAGUAAAGAAGGCGCUCCACCAAGAACGAGCCAUACUGUGUCCCGACCAAUUUCUCUAAAUCUCUCAGGUAUGAAGGGGAAUGUCAACUCUUCCCAUAUGGAUGCGCAACGAAGCAGGGACAAAUACAGCCAGGGAAGCCAGAAGCAACGGCCGGAUGACAGGAAAGCAGAGAGGCACUUGGGAACCCCACUGGACCCCUCGAUGAAUCCCCACACUAAGGCACCUGGAAGACCGCCAGACCUCAAACAAUCCAGAGACCAAAGACAACCUUCUCAACAAAGACCCAAUGACACGCAACAUAGACCCAAAGACACCCAACAUAGACCCAAUGACUCUCAACAUAAACCCAAUGACUUGGAAGUUCUUGCUGCUCGUGGUGCUACUGUCACAGACUCCAGAUAUUCCAAGAAUUCCGACCAGUAUCAUAAGCCUCACCAAGAGCCCAGCAAGAAUAACUCUGAUCGCAAACAGCUGUUGGGUCCAAAUUCGCAGGAAAAAGAACACAAAAAAAAUGGUUUUGAAAAUAAAGAUCAUGGUGCUAACUCGCGUCCACCGGAGGGUGUACCGAAGAUACAUGUACCAAGCAGUGUUGCACCAUCCAAAUCACACGGGUCGGGAUCCCAAAAGCACCAUCAUUUGGAGACCCAAAAGGCGCACAGUUCUGUGACGCUUCCGACUGCAGAACCACCUGUGAAGCAAAAUCCAGAGACACUUAGGCCUGUCAAAUCUGAAGCCCAUAGAUCUCAGAGGUCUGAGAACCAGGUGGUCCAGAAAUCUGAGAAACACAGAGUACCUCAUCCAGACAUGGCCAAACUGCACAAAUCGCAAUCUCUCAAGACACAGAGAUCUGAACCUCCCAAAGCACCUUUCAUCGAGAAACAUUUGUCCCAGCCAGCUGUGCCACCACUGGUCCCACUUAGCUUUGUUGGACAAGAGCAGAAAGUGAGUGGUCUACCAACUCAGAAAGUGGAACCACCUCUACUCAUUGACCAUGAGAUGCCUAAACCACACAAACCUGAACGGGUACUCUUACCACAAACGGAGACUGUGAAAGUGGAGAAGUCAAGUACACCAGCAUUAAACAGACAUAAUUUGACAAAGCCGCACAAGUCGGAGGAUCCACAUCUACAGAGGCCCGAGGUUUUAAAAGUUCCAAAGUCUGACCCAGGAGUAGUGAUCAAAACAGAACCGGCAAAAGUGAAGAGUCCUGGUUCCUCGAAAGUAAAGGCUCCAAAGGUUACAAAAGUGAAGGUCCCGGAAUUACCCAAAGUGCAGAAAUCUGUUGGGCAUAAACCUCAGAAAAUGGAGACACCAAGGUUACCGAAGACGGAUGCUCAAAUUACUCCAAACAAUGAUCUGCUCAAACUGCUAAAAACUGACCCUUCAGAACUAUCCUCAAAACUGAAGCCAAAUGUACUUCCAAUAAAGAUAAUCAAACAAGAACCACAGAUUCCUCCGACACCAGUGGUGAAAGCAGAGAGACUAGAUACUCCCAGAACACAAAAGUCUAAUCAUCCUCAACCUCCCAAAUCAGAUCCAUCAAAGCGUCACAGAGUAAAGGUGGAACCUGGUGGAACGCACAGACCAACAACGCCAAAAUCACAGGUUCCCCCUCUAGCUGUUAAGCUAGAGAAGUCGCCAACCCCGGAGCUGACUUCACCCUUGUCUCCAGGGCCGAAACUUAAAAUCUUGGAAAUGGCGGUUCUGCAAGCUGAUCUUAAUAUUAAGACAGAGAUAUUAGAUAUAGCAGCAUCCAGUUCAAAAGGAGCACUACGUAGAAAGCCUCAAACACCACCAUCUGCAAAACUUGAGAAUCCUUUGGACAAAAUGGACAUGCCCUCUUCACUAAAGCCAGUAGCACCUAAACAGUCAGAUAUAUCAAACUCAUACAUUCCUGACAAGGCCAAAUCACAAAGGGCAGAAACCGUUAAUCCUCUGAAGGCGAACACAGACAAACAGCACAAACCUGUGACUCAGAAAUCUCAGAAAUCCUCAACGCCCAGAUCACGGGCCUCACCUGGAGCCUCAAGCCAAGCCUCCAAGUCGUCGAAGGCAGCAGUGUCUGAGACACAAACAGUUGCCCAUACAGGAGAAAUGCCCGAGAAAAAAAAAGUUGUGUGGGAAUCGAUCAAACCCUUUGAAGUACUAAAAUCAGGAGGCUCAGAUCAGGCACCUGACAGCGAAUCUGUAGAAGCGAACAUUGAUGAACUUAUUAAUGCAGAUAUUGCAGCACUGUCAAUGAAGCAGGGUUUUGAACCACCUACCCUCUCAGAACCAAAGCCUCCAUAUCCUGAAGUUAAUACAGUGGAACCCAAAGAGAGAAGUAGGGACUGUGACAAUAAAUCUCUUCCGAAGAGCUACAGAGAAAAGGAAAGCCAUCACAGAAAACGGCAUUCGGAUGAGCACAGAUCCAAGAGUUCAUCACAUAAACACCAUCGGUCAUCAGAUCAUAAUCGAAGAGGUACUCCGACCAUUGAUGCCAUUCCGAGCCCAGUUGAACCAGCCCCUACUACUGAUGCUGCUGGCGACAGCCAGCCCCACUCCAUUCUCACCACAUCAACAGGCAUCAGGUUAAAGAUAAAGGGUCUGUCCAACUCGAUGAACAGCGGCAGCAGUAAUAUUGCCAAAGUCGAGUCACCGUCAGACCGCAGACAAACGGGCUCACCUGCGUUACGCCUAAAGCUGAAUCUGGCCAAGAUGCAGGCAAAUUCUGACCAUUCUCCUGAAGCGGAAAUCGCCCCGGAUAGGGAGCGAGGCAGCAGCCACAGGCAGCAUCACCACCACCAUCGCAAGCAUAAACGCCACCACAAGUCCAGAAGUCACAGAGGAGAGGAUGGUGGUGAGCCACAUCGAAGGAAACGAUCGCACAGCCGCUCGGAGUCCAUCUCUUCGGGUAGAGAGGAAUCCCCCGCCAUCUCCUCACCAGCGAAGAAGAGAGCUCAUGGUGGGGAGCACUACUUGAAGACCCAGUCUAUUCUCCCCAGCGAUCAGUCUCUGUUGCGCUUUCCCAUGCCACCCGCUGAUCCUAACCAGUCUUCAGCCCAGGCGGGUUACAUGGACUACAACAAACACAGUCGCACGAAACUGCAGGACAACAGUCCCAGCUUAGCUUCCACUGGUCAGUUCUCGUACAACACGUCGGGUAUGUUGAACAACGCACCCCUCACAACAGUCACGGCAUUACCAUCCUCUGAUGGGUUCUCGUUCUAUCCAUACGGUCAACAACAGACUGAUGGGCACCUUCCUCCUCCCCCACCCCUCCCUAGAGAGAAUCUGCCCCCUCCCCCUCCUCCUCCUAUGUGAGCUGACCGAUAACUUUGGCCCGUUUUGUUUUUUCCCUAAAUCAGCAUAAAAAUGCGAAAAUAAGGAGUCCUUCUAGUUUGAGUAUUUUUGAAAUCAACAUUCUGAUUUUAGAAGUGAUUGGCUUUUAUAAAAAACAAACGUUUGUUCCCAUAUUAUUAUUUUUUCAUUUUUUUGUUUGCUUUUACCCGAAUCUUCACUGUAAAGUCAUUCAAUACAUUAUAAAAAAAGCUGUCAUUUGGUGUAAAGGCAACUUGAAGCUUGUUGUAACCUUUGAGAAUGUGUAUGAAUAUUCAUGAUAAUCCUAAAGUGUAUUUGAAAAAAAAAUGGUUAAAGUCGAUUGAAUGAUGAAGCUAUGAAGGUAUUUAACUGAAGAAUUUGCGAGUUGCUGAGAAUUUGAGAAAAAAAUUGUUGUCUUUGGUUGAAGCUUGAUAGGUUGUGCGUAUUGUAUUUUAUAAGAACCUUAAAUACGGCGUUUUAUAUUUGUUAGUUUUCAUGUAGCACUGCUGUAUAAACAAAAAUUGAAAUUAUCAGUGGGAAAAUAACCCAGGAAAUAGUACCAAAAAAAACUUUAUAAAAAAAUAAGCGUUCAGGAUUUCUUUUUUUUUAGGAUUUCAUUUUAAAAUCAAUUUGAAAAAAGUCUUCUUUAGACUAAGAGUAGUUUGUUAUUUCCUUUUUUAUUUUUUUAUUUUUUGUUUAUCUUUUAGUAUCAACUGGUGAUCACAUGUACAUAAAAGGUUAUAUGAAUACUUGAGGAGAAAUAAUUAGGUGAAAUUUUGAGGUCUUUUGGAUAUAUUCCUACCUGGGAUGGUGUCUGUAGUUUGGCAAUUUAUUAUUACCCAAUUGAGAAGAAUGCAUUUAAACUUAGCGGUAAUCUUGAGAUGUAAACAUUUCAAUAUAAUAUUAACUCCCUGGGUUAGACUGACUAUGUAUUUUCUUUGAACAACGUACUGUUAAAAUCGUGUCGGGGCUGUUUUCACAAAGAGCUAGAUUGGUGUUAACUGUGUAUCAAUAUUAAUUGCUAUAAAGCACCGAGUGGUGUCACAAUACAUGAACAAGUCGCUACGGCAGUAUUAUCAACUUAUCUUAAAGAGAGUUAUCUUAAGAAAAAUUUUAGUUGUUUUUUGUUGUUGUUUUUUUUAUAAACCAAAACCCACACCUGUUUCCACAACAGCAAAGAAAAGCUGAAACAUAGUCUGUCUUUUUUGUGUAGGCCACAAUCAAAGCUGUUGUUUAAAGCAUCUUCAACAUUCCAUCAAAUGGCACCUCGCUAUUCUCCCACUUUCAAAGGGUUGUAUGAAAACAAAAACCAGGGGUGGGUUUCACAAAGAGUUAAAACUAGUCUUAUCUCGAGUUAGGAUGAGUUACUCGUCCUAACUCGUUUAAUAUCUCCUAGGACUAGUGCUAACCUAACUCUUUGUGAAAUCCACCUCUGUACUUGAUACUGUAAUCUUAUAUUCAUAGUAACAAUCUUUUUUGUUUUCUUCUUUUUGAGCCAUUUAAUCUGAAAACCAAUAAUCGGGUCAAAGAAUGGCUUAAAAAAAAUGGUGUGUGAGAGUUGGGAGGCAUUUUAAAGUUUUUACACCCUUAAGCAUCAGUCACUUAACUCACUCUGCACCUGGCAGAUCAAAGAUGGCUGGCUUGUUCCUGAGUAAUCUUGUAUCUUAUCAGCUCUCUGAAAUUGGUCCCUUGGGCGAACUUUGGUUUUUGCAUGUUGUGUUUUUUUUUUUUUUUUUGGGGGGGGGGGGGGCUACCGAAUCAAGGGUUAACCACUUGACUGCUCUAUUUAGCAAAGUAGGCCACAAACAACAACACCGACAAGUUUGUCAAAAAUUGUGUCUUUUUGUUUGGGGCCUGUAUAAUUGGCUCGUCAGUGGGAUUUAUUUUCAAGAGAAUUGAUUUUCACAGCGUAGAGUCUUGGGGUAGGACUGACUUGAAAAGGUGUGAACAAUAAAUUCAAGGUAGAAAUGAAAAAAAUCCAACAUUUGAAACAAAGGCAACUUUUUUGAAAAUCGAAUGAAGCUGACGACUCUACUCUGUUUUUGAGAGGGUUUGAUUGACUUGAAUUGGUUGUUUAAUUUGGCAACAAUUCUCCUUGGCGUCAUAAGCCAUGAUACAUUAUACUCGUGUGAAGUAUGACACACCCUUAUCGGUUGGAAAUAAGCUGUCUCUUGCUGUGAAAGCACGAAUCAUGUUUUCGUUCUUGACUAAAGAGACCCUGACGAGCCAAUUAUUUAAGGAUCCUGAGAAUCCACUACAUAUUAAAGGGAUUGAAAUGAAUUAUAGUUGUAUGUUUUAACAAGAGUCGCAUUCAUUCUGCCAUUCUGAUUUUAGGAAGAGAGACCACGUACAUAUUGCUCUUGUUAUAAAGAACACUGUUACGAAGAGGCUCUGCUUGUAUAGAGUAUUUUCGGAGGUCCAGAAUAUAAUUUCUGCUCCUUUGCUUUGCUGAUAUAAAGAGGCCACUAGUCACAGCGGCCUUGUUAUGACAAUAGUCGACUGUAUCCCCCAAAAAUUGAACCAAUAUUGGUGAACUAAAUCAUGGUUUUUAAGAUGCAGUUGAUGACUGGUGCAUGCUUUGGGGUUUUUAGUUUUUGUUUGGUAUGCUUCAUUUUCUCUCAAAUUAAAGGGAAUGGCAAAUGAUUUUCAACACAAUUUA